AACAGAGCGCAGUUCACGCGAGUCGCUUGCUGUAGUACUUCUGUCCCUGUAGAUAUAUCUAUAUGCUUAAAGACACAGAGACACAGACUGUUGCCUGUUUCAGGACAGGAUGGAGGAAAAUGAGACGCAGGGCGCUCAGACUUUAUCCAUGUAUUUGAAGAAACACAGAAAGAACCAGCUGAGAUUUUACAUACUCAGCAUUAGUGUCACUUCCUCAGCUUGGGUGAUAGGGUGUUAUGGAUUUUCCUACACUUGGGUUUUCGUUUUGCUUUCUGUCUUAUUUCUGAUAUGGAGAACUAAGUUACUACAUUUAACGGAUUCUGAAUACCGACAGCAUGAGAUCUUGGUCCACAGGAAGAGGGCACUGGCCCAUGGAGAGACGGCAGAAUGGGUCAACUUUAUAGUGAACCGCUGGUGGGUUUUUUCCUCAACAUCUUUAUUUGGCAUAAUCAAAAGUCACCUGGAUUCCGCAUUAAAUGGGGAGAGCAAGCCAUUAUUUAUAGAUCAAAUGGAAGUGAGAAGUUUCACCCUGGGCAACCACACACCACAUGUCAAAAAUGUCCGUGUAUUUGAAAGCUCUGAUGGCAUCACAGAACAGGCGACAUGGCUAAACAUUGACAGUCCUCCAGAUGGCCUCAAGGUGGCGCUGUCUCACAGGGUUGUCUUGGAGGCAGACAUAGGUGUCUGUGAUGAGGGAUUCCAGAUGAUAUUUCAUGCAAGACUUGGGGGAAGAAGGAUGGGUGUGAACUGUGAGGCUGCAGUGGAGAGAUUAAGUUUGAGAGGGAAGGUCCAGCUAAUCCUUCACCUCAGUAUGGAUGUUCCCUUCCCCCAUGUUGCUAAACUUACUAUGUAUUUUGUGGAAAGGCCAGAAGUCUGGUUUUCCAUUAGAAUUCUCAAGGCAGUGCAGGUGAUGGAGCUGCCCCUGUUGAAAACUUGGCUUCACUCUCUGGUCUUGGAGGCUCUCACAGACGUACUGGUUGACCCCAACAACAUCGACAUAGAGCUUUGUCAACCUACCACACCAGUUUCAGCAACAGCAAAAUCUAGUGCUGUGGGUGUUGUCACAGUGGUACUCAGUGGUGGACAGAUAUGCAGGGCUUCAACCAGUGUCUUUAACUUACCAGAUGCUGUUCAUUACUGUGUGGUCCAGCUGGGUGACCAGAAGAAGUACACAGUCAAUGUGAAGGGAGAGGCCUCUUGGCAGAGUAUGCUGUCCUUCUUGGUGCAUAACCCUAAACAUGACAAGAUUUUUAUUAAAUUAAAAUGUAGAAAACUACUCCAUUCAUCCACAAUGGCACAGUUUGAAGUUCCUCUGAAAUCUUACAAAUUGGAGAAACAUGGAAAUUAUAAAGUUGACCUGGAUAAGAAGACUUUGUUAGCGCUGAAAGGAGCUGUUAAGUUGGAGAUGCACAUGACAUACACGCCUCUGCCUCGUGUUGAACUAGAGGCUCCUCUGUCUGAGCAAGGAGACGAAGAAAAGUCUUGCAAUGCAGGAGUACUAUAUGUCCAUGUCCAUAGUGCGAAGGAGUUAAGCUCAAAGUUUAAAGACUCAGUCAGCCCAUACUGUGUUCUGGUGGUGAACAGAAGACGGGUGAAGACCUCUCUGCCAGAAGCUCUGAGUAAAAAUCCAAAGUGGGAUUGCUUUGCAGAAUUUUUUGUAGCAGACUACUCUAAGGUUCCUGUUUCUGUACUUGUUAUAGACCAGAGCAAGAAGUCAGAUAUGGAGGAAGAAUUGCUGGGAUGUGCAGUGAUAACACUGAAUGAGGGAGAAAUAAGGAAAGUGAGGCAGAAAAUUCCACUGAAAGCAGGACCACAGUGCACUGCCCCUAACACCUCAGGGUCCAUUACUGUCUCCUUGUUGUUCAGACCCAUCGCCUCUGUGGCACAUUCUGAAUCUAGUGACUGUCAUCAUGUCCACUAUCCUGACAACAAUGUCAUUGCUAAACGACGAUCUAAUUCUACAUCAGCUUUGCAGGAUUUAGUUCCUAAGCUGCUCAGGAGAAAAUGGAAGACAUAUAGCGACAAGCUGUUACAUAUGAAUGCCCGUCACAGAGAGAUCCAGGAGUUCACCCUGACCCACAGUCUUAGGUAUGGCCUGGUGGAGCUGCACCUGAUUCAAGGCAAAAAUUUGAUGGCCAUGGACAUGAAUGGCUCCAGUGAUCCAUUCAUAGAGAUCAAGGUGAAUGGUGUGAGGAAGUUCAAGUCCAAGGUGAAGAAGAACACUUUGAACCCAGUGUGGAAUGAGAUGGUCACACUGCAGCUGCCAAAAUGUGACGAAUACAUGGACAUUAUAGUUUGGGACAAGGACCCAUUUGGUCAGGACUUUUUAGGAUCAGUCACUUUUACUGCAGACGAGUUGAAGCAACAUGGAUGCAAGGCUGAACCAGAAUGGUACACUCUUCAUGGUGUUAAACAUGGUCAGAUUGAAAUGGAGGUGAAACCCUCUGUAGUAGAAGAUGGACAGACACAGACUUCCCAUAAACAAGAGGAUUCUACCGAUCAACUUGACAAAUUAUCGGAAGAUAAAGUGACGUCUCCCACACCCCAAGACAACACCGAACUGGGUGAAAAUACAACUACUUCCCGCCAAACAUCCCAGGACAGUAAUGAAGUGUUUAUAAAUAAAACUAUUCAAGAGGAGCAGGAGGAGGCUCAGACAGAGUCUUGUGGGAAAACAGAACAAGAACAUGUGUUGUUUAAUUUAGAUGACUGUUUAUAUGAGGAGCCACCAGCAGGGAGGUCCACCCCAAAGGAGGACAUGCCUGAGGAUUUCUCCACUCCUUCGGAAAUUAAAAAUGGAGAGCUAAACACAAGCACUGUCUCCCAAAUAGUCUAUGACUCCACCACGCGGUCUUCACUUAGCCAAAAACCAAAGAUAACUAGUCAGCAAGAAGCAGAUACUCCUAAUAUACACACAAACUGCCCCUUAUUACAAAGAGGGACAGACCUCAAUGCACAGAUGCCUAUCUCAAAUGUUUACAGACGAGGAAAUGGUUCGGUAUUCACAGUUGCCAAACAAAUUAUGAAACAAAGAGAAACUGAAAGGCAUGCUUUAGGGAAAAAUCAAGACAAUAUUGAAAUGAAAGUUUCACCACAUUUAGAUGCCAAGUUUUCUGAUGAUGAAACAAUACUGAGAGAACAAAGAAGUAUGGAUGAUGAAGGAAUUAAUUUGUCUGGAGAAGCAUCUCCCAGAUGUAUAAGAUCUGAGUCAAGCAGCAAUUCCCACUUUCCAGAGAACACCACCGGAGAACCAAAUCACAGUGAGCCCAAGGUGGUUUACCGCACAAGGAGUACAUCUCCAUCAAGGAGUGGAGCUGGUAUAGAGAAGAAACGGCUGUCACAGAACCACAGUUUACCUCCUAUACCUGGGAGCCCUUUGGUUUCCAAAGCUAUGAGCUCUGACAAUUUCCCCAUUAAACAUACUGCUGAGCUUCCUUCCACACAGCCAGAAAAGAAAUCCUGGUACUCCACCUUCAAACCUUCUAGUAUCAGGAAAAGCUGGCGGAUCAGGAAAGCCUUGUCAGAGGCCAAUGUGCACAAACCUGCAUCUCCCACCAGAGCUACAAAGGCUGCGGCGCCCAGUAACAUGUAUCGUGGGGUGCAGGGAAAGGUGCUGGGUGCCAGGGGACUGACCGUCCACCAGGGGGACCUCUACUGUAAAGUUCGGUUGGAAAGGUUCAGCCCUUACAAGUCGCAGAAACAGAGCAGAGGCAAAGAAAUUGCUAAAUCUCCUGUUGUUCGUGCUUGUGCAGAGCCAGACUUUCAUUUAGAAUUUGAUCUAGAUGAAGGGCAAGGCAUCCAUGAGAAUUCCGUCCUCAUCUUUGAUGUCAAGAAUGUUAGAAAAGAACACAUUGGACAACGAGGAGUGUCUCUGAGACAGCUGCUGAAAGACUCCCAGGAGGUGACCAAGUGGCUGUCACUAGAGGGCAGCAUUGAGCUCCAGGUCCAGGUCUCCGCUGGCAAUGCUUCCCAAAGUGGUAACCACACUCUGCCAAGAAAAUCCCCUUUCAAGUUACUCAGAUCUUGACAUGCCAUGGAAAAUGAAAUUUAAUUUCUUGCCAGUAUAGAUAUUUCAUGUAUCCAAUUGCUAUGUCAUCUAGCACACAAAGUUUACCCAUGACAUUAAUGGAUGGGAAUAUGUAAAGCAUACCUUAGUGGUGCUAUUCACUUUCACUUUUAAUGGUCAGCAGUUUUUAUGACCAAAUCAGGUUUAAAUAAAAUAAUGAUGCAUGACAUCGAUGGUGCUUGAGAUAUUAACGAAGUGGCCUUAUAGAUGCCGCUGAAACCAAACAAAUUAGAAGUCUUACAUGAUGGUCUUCUAUAAGAACUUGUGAUACGAAAAUACUGAUUUUAUUCCAGAACUGGCUCUUUUAACAAGUGAUAUGUAUUAGCAGUAUAUUUAUAUUUGUAGCAUAUUUUGUAUACAACUGAAACUUAAAACAAUGUAAACAUAUACUUCACCUCUGUAGCUUCAGGCCUUUAUGUCAAGUAAGGAUGAUUUUCAGUGUGUUUAGAUUUAAACAUUAAACGUAACAUUUUCUUUUCUAAGGAAUAUGACAUUCCUUUGCAUCUGAUGUUGAGCAUUAAAAGCAAUGACAUUUGUAAUACCGAAUUAUAGGGCUUUCAUUAGUCAAUGGGAAAAUAUGCAAGUUUAAUAAAUUUAGAACGAAAAAAAUAUGUACAAUA